AUGUCGAACGUCUCGCUGUUGACAGAUGCCCAUGUACUUCUGUUGGCCGUCCACCUGGCCUCAAAUUCUGACCUGGAUCACCUUUUCAUCCUCUCUCGCUUGCGCCAGGAGAUCCUACCUGUAACAUUGAUAUACAGGCUCCUGCUCUCGUUCUAUCCUGUCAACCAGCUAAAGUUAUCCCAUCUCGCCGACUUCCUUCUUGCCGUGCAAGAUCGUCCAAGCGAUGCUCCGGCCGCGGCCGAAUUCAAGAUCGAUCCCUCCAUUUCCACCCUCUCGCCCAAAGAUGCCCUACGCCGCUGUCGUCUGUUAGCUCUGCGCCCGAAUCCCCCUCAUGCCAUCUUUGGCUCCGAAAAUAGCCUGACAAACUUCAUUAUCAACUGGUGCUAUCGUGUUGAGUCGACUGGUGGAGUGCAGCCUCUACUCGCCUUUGUAGAGCCAUUUCUGAGUACCGACUCUUGCCUUCGCUUGUGGCAUGCUACCUGUCUCCUUCCUGUUGUUAGACUUCAGUAUGACUUCUAUCCAGAUGCCAUCAACACUACAGGGCUAGACGACUUCCAGAGACUGUCAGGUGUUGCAGGUGUCCAGACCCUACUUCAGUAUGCCCAAGAAACCCACGAACCCGCUCUUAUAGCACGCGAUCUAGAUGACGUUGUAAGCCCUUGGGUGCACGGGGCAAGCGAAUGGAAGAGGAGGAGGGUGGGCCAAGAAGUUGCGGAAGCUGACGGUUCGUCAUGGGAUGUCGUAAAUGUAUGGCUUUUGGCUGCAAGUGUCGAGCAUUUCGAGAUUACCGGCACAGCGUUUGUAUCUUGGGCCGGUCCAAAACCAAGUCAGUUUGAUCCAAUUAGCAAGCUUGACGAGUCGGCCCUGGCUCGCUUUGCGCAGACGGGACUGGCUAUUAUCUAUGCUUGCCCAGAGCUCUCAAAAGGGGCACUUUCUGUCGCGAAGACCAUCCUCACGAAAGUCGCCAACAUUGUCCGUCAGCGUCCACCAGAUUUCACUACUAGCGAACCUGAAAUUUCCCUCGAUUAUUCUGCGUCUCGCGGACUCAAGGAAAUCGAUCUUUUGUUCAAUUCCCUCCUUCAACCAGACAACCCCUUUACACAAGUCAACGCAUCCUCAAUCGCUCUGGUGACGGGCCUGUUGGAAACUGCUGCCACGUUACUAGAUUUCAAUUUGCCAGCUUCAAUGGUGACUUUGGCACGCACAUGUCUGUUUGGGUCUGAAAGGCAACAGAAAGACGAAUUGGGCAGAAUUCUACAACGAAUUUCGGAGAGGUCGAGACCACAUGUUGAUUGGCUAUCAAUCCGGGGUCGCCUACAUUGGUUACGGCUGUGGACUCACCAAGAUAUGUCAAAAGAUAGUGAGUUGCAGUUGGGCCUUUUAUCCAAAGUCCCGUCUGAGAUACUGGAUACUCAAAUCUUGAACGCCGCGUUGACCUUGGGUCAUUACGAUGCGGUGGCAAGGCUAUAUCUCGACAACCCAACACCACCACUGCCUCAAUUGGAAACUGAAAAUAAUAUUACGAACGCGAUUCUACGUGCCUAUGACAACGCCACCGACGGCAACCGCGAACGUGGUGCGCUCCGUCCUGCUUACGAGAUGUUGAAAUAUUUUCGCCCUAAGCUGCCGCAAUCUUCCAAAAUGGAAGACAUUGACCAUCUCAUCAAAGCCACCCAUCGUCUUUCCUUCUACCGGCUCGAUUUACCACACGGGAUUGCUUUCAGACCUGUUGCGAUCCGCGUGCAGAAGAACCCGCUCAAGCUUGUGGCGACAGCAUUGGAACAAGACCCCAGAGCCUAUACAAAACUUGAUGACCUUCUCGAGAUAGGCCGCAGCCUGGUGCAGGCUCACCUUCCCGCCCGCGUGGUCAUCGAUGAUACAUCGGAACCGCUUGAGCUGCGUCUAGUUCAAGCCGAGCUUGAGAUCACACGUCUGGCCAUCGAAGCGGCGUUGAAAAAUAGCGAUUUCGAUACAGCUUACUCGUACAUCACGACAAGACUAUCCAAUGAGACAACACCUGGCUACGAUGACGAUAUAUCGUGGAGGGCUGCGUAUGCUGCCGGAAAAUACAGGCCUGUAGCAUCGCCUCAGGGUUUAGAGGCUCGCAUCGAGAACCUUUCACAACGAAUGGAGUUACUUUCGCGGGCGCUGGUACUGGCACCUGUGGGAGACUCGCUCGCUGAAAUUCUUGGGAGUUGGCGUCGACAUGAGGAAGAGAUGGCCGCCUUCAGAGAAGAGGGAGUAAAGGAGGAACGAGCCUCCGAUGCGAGAGCUGACGCCGAAAUACCUGGCGCAUUCGGCUUGGACGAUCGUGAACUGGAUGCGGCAGAGUUACAACGUGCUAUGGCACGGCGGACUUGGCCUGGAUCUACACCAGGAAUUUCCUAUGAAGAACAUGCUCCUAUGGGGCUGUUUGACGUUGCAAAGGGAGCAGCAACUGCUCUUCGGAAGAGCUCUUUCUUUCCCUUGGGGUCGACAGGUUUGCAAGACUUGAAGAUCCGAGACAAUUCGACUUCCUCGGUGCAACACGACUCGAAGAUGGAGGAUGCGACACCAGGCUCACCACCCACUGAAGGAAGGGUGCGGAAGAGAGACCAAGUCACAAACAUGGUCACAAGUGGUAUUGUCAGUGGGAUGGGAUGGGUUCUCGGGGCCCAGGCCCAGGAUCGCAAUGACUUUAAGAGUCGUGAUGAACGGCCGGGGUCAAGGAGCGAGUAUGCGUAA